CCUAGGUAGUUUCACGAGAAUAGUCAUGGACGAAGCAGAGCAAAAAAAAGCCGAGUUGGCUGACAUUUACUUUUACUGGUAGUGUAGCUAUGCGAUUCAAUUUCAAUGGCUAAGAAUAAGGCAGAAAUCUCAUGAAUUACAUGCGCUCAUUUGGCCAACUUCUAAGACAAAUUGUUCAGAUCAAGCCUCAAUUAUGGAUUUUAGAAGAGCAGUCUUAAAGUGCUUUUGUCACCCUAAUUGUGUGUUACAAAAUUAUACAUGUUCAAAUUCCCUAAUUUGAGCUCAUUCACUGUAUCUCUGAAAGUUCAAAUCAGAAUAGAAGAAAUUGAAAUACCGCAUUACAAAUCCCCAAUUAAUAUGCUUAGACUGUGGCGCCUCUGCUUUUGGGGGAUCGUGAUAAUUCUGAGCUCAUUGCCUUCAGAUACACACGGCACUGUUUUAUUAGUCAGGCCGAGGAGAACGCUUGUAUAUGUGGAGGGCAACAUCUUUUGUUCCACCCUCAAUGGCAAUGUCCUUCCCCUAACCAGAGCAAGAGUGAAAGUGCAGUGCAGGAGCAAGUUUGGGGAAUAUGAGACGUUGGGCAUUUCCAACAAGAAUGGAGUGUUCAGGGUAAUACUUCAGGGAGCUCUUGGAUAUCAAUGGCCUGUAAAAUUAUGCAAGGCCAAAGUUAUUUCCAAGACUAUUCCUUCUGUGUGUAGGGAAGGCAGUGAUAUUUUGAGUAUGAAUGUAAGGUUGUUCUAUAAAUCUUCCUCUAGGAUUAUGCUUGUUACUGGGCCAUUCAUUCUCAAACAACUGGGACAUGUUAACAAAAAAUAUUCUAGCUGAAAUCACAAUGUUACAGAUUAGACUUUUGGGAAAAAUCUCAUGUAUUCAGUUUUAAUAUUAUGGAAGGUCUUUUAAUUUA